UCUAUGUUCAAGGAACACCGCUUCAUACAUACACUGUUGUUAGCGACGUACCCGUUAGAGGAAAUUUCAUUUUUAACAUUUCCAUUUGUGACCACUUCUCAAAACUUCGUUUUUGUCAUCAUUGGGUGGAUGCACAAGUAGCGGUUUGGUGGGAGGGAUCCGUUACACUUGCGUGUCAAGUUGUUGCUGCUGGCAGCCGCUCGAGCCCCUUUUAGUAUGUAUCUACAAUGAAUAGACGUGUAGAGGACCAGGAACCAAUAUUUGCGCCCCAGCAACAGCAAUCACGACAUCACCCGGUUCAAAGCAUUGCAGAAAACAUCCAGCAUCGGGCCCUUGCCCCGGCCCCUACAGUGAUAGAGGCAGCUGCAGAGAACAUGCAGCCCUCAACUGGCAUUCAGUAUUCUCUCCCCCAGGGCUACCAGGUGCCUACAAUGCCACAGAGCACCAGUGGACAUGGACACAAUAACACUGCACCUCAUGUCGGUCCCCACGCUCACAGUCUCGCUGUUCAGUCACAGGGGCCUGCAGCUGUUCAAAGUCAUGUACACCCGCCUGCACCCAUGACUUCAACCCAAGGACAGCAGCAGCAGUUUCAGCGACUGAAGGUUGAAGAUGCCCUGUCCUAUCUGGAUCAAGUGAAACUGCAGUUUGGAAAUCAGCCACAAGUUUAUAAUGAUUUCCUUGAUAUUAUGAAAGAGUUUAAAUCACAAAGCAUUGACACUCCUGGAGUCAUCAACCGUGUGUCCCAACUCUUUAAGGGCCAUCCAGACCUCAUUAUGGGUUUUAACACCUUCUUGCCACCUGGAUAUAAGAUUGAGGUCCAAACCAAUGAUCUAGUCAAUGUGACGACGCCGGGUCAGAUUCACUACAUCACCCCACAUGGCAUCUCUGUACAAAACAUAGCAGCAAAUGGGGCAACCAGCCAACCAUCAAACCACCAGCACCAGAGUCUGCCUCAGCCUGGUCCACACACUACCACCACCCCACCUAUUACCACACAGCCAGCUCCAAACAAAACCAGCAAGCCUGUUCAGUCUCCGGCCCAUACGCCUACCAGCCAACCCAAUCCAUCCAUCCCAUCGUACGCAUCACCACGCUCACCUACAGUUCAAUCCCACACUCCUGUCAGCAGCACACCAUCCAGUGGGCCACCUCUCCAAAACAACCAACCAGUGGAGUUCAACCAUGCUAUAAAUUAUGUGAACAAGAUCAAGAACCGCUUCCAGGGUCAGCCAGACAUCUACAAAGCCUUCCUGGAAAUCUUGCACACAUACCAGAAGGAACAGAGAAAUGCUAAAGAGGCUGGCGGUAAUUACACACCUGCGUUGACUGAGCAGGAGGUCUACACUCAAGUGGCAAGACUUUUCAAGAACCAAGAGGAUCUGCUUUCGGAGUUUGGACAAUUCCUUCCUGAUGCAAACAGUUCUAUGCUGCUGGGUAAGACUACACCAGACAGAGCAGAGUCUGUCAGUAAUGAUCAUCGCGUCACGGUAAAGAGGCCCUUACUGAACAACAAACAGAGGCUGAGUCAAAACGGCCUGCCAAUCAGGAGACCUGCUGGAGUGGGUGCCACGCCGCCUAUCAGGAAGAAACCCAAAAUCAUGGGGAAGGACCAUGGCAUGACUGAAGUCAGUAAACUCAGCACCAGCACUGAAACUAUGUUCUUUGAGAAGGUUAAAAAAGCUCUUCGGAGCUCUGAAGCAUAUGACAACUUCCUGAGGUGUCUGCACAUCUUCAACCAGGAAGUAAUUUCUCGCGCUGAGCUGGUCCAGUUAGUUAUCCCAUUUCUUGGGAAAUUCCCGGAGCUUUUCACAUGGUUUAAAAACUUCCUGGGCUACCGAGAGUCCAGUCAUGGGGAGUCAAGCCAUGCAGAGAGUUUGCCUAAAGAGCGUUCUACUGAAGGUAUUGCCAUGGAGAUUGACUAUGCUUCCUGCAAGAGGCUGGGGUCCAGCUACAGAGCGCUUCCGAAAAGCUACCAGCAGCCCAAGUGCACAGGAAGAACACCACUGUGCAGAGAGGUUUUAAAUGACACAUGGGUAUCAUUUCCAUCAUGGUCUGAGGAUUCCACAUUUGUAAGCUCCAAGAAGAAUCAAUACGAGGAACACAUUUACAGAUGUGAGGAUGAGCGUUUUGAGCUGGAUGUUGUGUUGGAAACCAACCUUGCCACAAUACGAGCCCUGGAGACUGUGCAAAGGAAGCUCUCUCGCAUGUCAGCUGAGGAGCAACUGCGAUUUAAACUGGACAACACAAUGGGAGGUUCCUCCGAGGUCAUCCACCGCAAAGCUAUCCAGAGGAUAUAUGGAGACAAAGCCCAUGACAUCAUUGAUGGACUCAAGAGAAACCCUGCAGUAUCUGUUCCCAUUGUGCUGAAAAGAUUAAAGAUGAAGGAGGAGGAGUGGAGAGAAGCCCAGAGAGGCUUCAACAAGAUCUGGAGGGAGCAGAAUGAAAAGUAUUACCUGAAGUCACUCGACCAUCAAGGCAUAAACUUCAAGCAGAAUGAUACCAAAGUCUUGCGCUCCAAGACUUUACUCAAUGAAAUUGAGAUGUUAUAUGAUGAUCGCCAGGAGCGAGCCUCAGAGGAAACUGCCACAUCCCCACCGAGUGGCCCACACAUGACCCUGACCUACGAUGACAGCCAAAUCCUGGAAGAUGCUGCUGCUCUCAUCAUCCACCAUGUUAAAAGACAAGUGGGCAUCCAGAAAGAAGACAAGUUCAAAAUCAAACAAAUAAUUCACCACUUCAUCCCAGACCUUCUGUUGUCACAACGGGGUGAGCUCUCUGAUGUGGAGGAUGAGGAAGAAGAGGAGGAAGAAGACGUGGAGAUCAAUCAAGAUGGCCACAAGAAGCACAAUGGCCUGCCAGGCAGCAGUCCCUCGAAGUCCAAGCUCCUCUUUAAUAACACGGCCACUCAGAAGCUGCGGGGCAUGGACGAUGCCUAUAACUUGUUCAUCGUAAACAACUACUGGUAUGUCUUCCUUCGUCUGCACCACAUCCUCUGCUCUCGUUUGCUUCGAAUUUAUGGGCAAGCCGAGAAGCAGAUUGAGGAGGACGCCCGCGAACGAGAGUGGGAAAAAGAUGUUUUGGGACUCAAAAGGGAGAAAAGUGAAAAUCCAGCAAUCCAGUUGAAAAUGAAGGAGCCAAUGGAUGUUGAUGUGGAGGACUAUUAUUCUGUGUUUCUGGAAAUGGUGCGAAAUCUUUUGGACGGGAACAUGGAGCCGGCUCAGUACGAGGACUCCCUGAGGGAAAUGUUUACUAUCCAUGCCUAUGUUGCCUUCACCAUGGACAAACUAAUCCAGAGCAUUGUCCGGCAGCUCCAACACCUUGUUACUGAUGAUGUAUGUGGUCGUGUGUUGGACACGUACCUGAGUGAAAGCGGCAAUAAAGCCACAGGGGGAACACUCGCUACGCAAGCAUCAAGGGUCACCGCAGAAGGGGCCUACCAGCGCAAAGCAGAGCACCUUAUGUCAGAUGAGAACUGCUUCAAGGUUAUGUUUAUAAAGAGCCAGGGGUCUGUCAGCGUUGCAGUGGAGCUGCUGGACACAGAAGAGGAGAACUCUGAUGAGCCAGCUGAUGCAGAAAGGUGGUCAGACUACGUGGGGAGAUACCUAAACUCAGAUUCUGCAUCCCCUGAGCUACGUGAGCAUUUGGCCCAGAAGCCCGUGUUCCUCCCCAGGAAUUUGAGACGGAUAAGAAAGUGCCAGAGAGGAUGGGAGCAGCUGCAACAGGAGAGAAUUUCCAAGGGCUCAUCAGACAAGUCACAUGACAGCAACAGUGAGCUGAAGAUGGAGUGCAUGUUCAAGCUGAAUUCCUACAAGAUGGUGUAUGUCUGCAAGUCAGAAGACUUCAUGUACAGGCACACAGCGCUCACACGAGCUCAUCAGUCCCACCAGCUUGUGAACACACGCCUGCACAGACGUUUUCAUGCCUGGCUGGAUGGCUGGGCCAAGGAGCACGUGACAAGCGAAAUGACUGCCGACAACCACAAGUGGCUGAUGGGAGAUGGACAAGAGGGACUGUUGUCCUGCACCACCACCUGCUGCCCAGAGGUUCUCCAUUAUCUCAACAUUAACAAGUAUCGGGUGAAGUAUAGGACACUGUAGCACAGGUCAACUGCGAGACACGAAUUCUCCCAAUGUUCCGUUAACUUGAUUCAGUUGCCAAAAUAUUUUAGCUUGUCCAUCCACGAUUUGAAAAGGGUUGAUAUUUGUCACUUUUCAGACAUGACAGAGGAGCUGAUAUUUCUCUGCACAUCCUUCAACAAGUGCAAAACUGAAGUUUUGCAAGUGAAUAUUGAAAAUCUAGGAAAAAACCACUCCCUUCUCUGGUGGAAUUCACAGCUCAAAGAAGAAAACCCUGGUUUAGAUUCUCCUAAAACUCAAAAGCUUAAGCUUUUUUUUUUAUGAGUACUUAUCAUUUUAAAGAAAAUCAAAACAAAGCAACCUCAGUUUUUCUGUUUAGGCAUCCAGAAAAAGUAUGUGUUACCUGUCUUUAGAUAUAUGUACUUGGACAUGGAGCUUAUUGUGGCUUCCAGCUGUAAACUUGUAUAGCGUUUGAAUGUUUGUAAAGGUGCAGUAGUGCACUAUACACACAAACAUGUAUCUUUGGCGACUACUUGGUAGAUACUUGGCGUUAGUACAAUGCCAGCUAUGUGUAUUGACUACAAUAAUUUAUAAUUGCCCAAACACUUUGUAAAUAUGUUGUUUAUAUUUAGAUUUUUCUUUUCUUUAUGCAGUGUCAUUGAUGUGUAGCAUUCAUUAAUACAAAUAGUGUCAAUCUUUAGAGAUUGCAGAGAAUUUUAUUAAGAGAAGGAAAAACUUUACUUUUUUUUUUUUAAACCAAAGGAAGAUCUUUUUUUAUUUUAUUCAUGGUCUGUUGAAAGUGAUGUCUCUGUUGCCCAUCUUCUGCGUUCCUGGACUCCUUUCUGUGCAUUUCAACCUUCAGUCUUCAGGCAUCAGUAACCACAUGUGGUUUAAAGAUGAUUGAAUGUAGCUCCGCAUCCUUUUCGUUUUUCUUAUGAAAUGACAGUCUGCUGUGUCUGUUUCAGAAUACUGAAGUCUUAGAGUAUUUUCAACUUUUUUUUUGUAUUUAAAAUUUGCAAAGUGAUCAGAAUCUGUAUGACAGGUUUAUUGGUAUUUCCAUCCAUCAACCAUGAACUGUUCACGAGCUGUGCUAAAUUUUAAUAGCAAACACAGCUAAAAGACUUGUGUACUGGAUUAAGAAAAUGAGCAAUAAUUUCUUCAGUCGCAG